AUGACACUUUCAAAGCUCGAAUCGCUUCCCAACGAAAUUCUACUCGAUCUUUUCGAGAAUUACAUCGAUGGAAUCGAUCUUCUUACUGUGUUUCUUCAUCAACUCAAUGAACGCUUUGAUGCAUUGCUGAGUCAGACUCGAAUUCAUUUCAAUUUCAUUGGUUGCCAUUUGGACACGUUUCGUUAUUCGUUACAUCUUCUUCCGGAUUAUGCCAAUAGAAUAACAAAAUUAGCUUUAUCUGAACGCGACACACCUGGUCAAGUCAAUAUGUUUUUUGCCUGUUUUCCAUCAUUCGCACCUUUUGAACGACUUCAUUCACUUUACAUUUAUUGCAGUGGACAAGGAAUUAAUUCAAAGUCGGUGCAAACUGCUAUUCUAACAUUAGUCGAUACUAAAAUCGAAACGUUGACGAUUAAAAUGAUCAAAGGAUCAUAUUUUCCUUCGUGGAUAACCGUUAUUUCGACUAUAUUCACAUUUACCACAUUGCGACGACUAUCACUGGCUUUUCCUCAGCGCUAUGCCACUUGGAAAGCACAAUUAACUACUUUAUUAAACAUCGAACACUUGACCAUCACAGGUUUACAGUGCGACUGGAAUACACUGGUAUCCUUCUCACGAUACAUCCCUCAUCUGGAAUGUCUUAAUAUCGAUGUAGAUGAUCAUUUCUUCUCACCAUUAGCAACACAUUAUCAAUUCCUGCCAAUGCUCAAACUACGCGCACUUUCCCUGUACUUUUGCAAUGGCAAUACCACCGGUGUAUUGCGACACUAUUUUGACUAUACACCUGCUCUCUAUCGUUUAACAGUAGACGGGCCUGAUACAUUUUUCGAGCCUGAGCCUUGGCAAACGUUAAUCGAAACAUCAUUACCACGACUAAGGCACUUUACUUUGACUACAAGUAUAGUUCGUACCAGACAUCAGUUAAAUAUCUAUCCCACGAAUUUAUUGACAUUAUAUAACAAUCCAUUUUGGAUGACGAAGUUGAAUUUCAAUAUUAUUGUUAUAGAUCAUGAAGUGCAAGGUCACUAUGAGAAUACCGUCAGUGACAUAUGUGACAGUGGAAAUGAUGUUUUCCGAGCUGAUGUCAGUCACCGCCCGGUCGUUCAAUGGUGGACUGCAGGCAAACAAAAUUCACAUGAUCAUGUUUAUUGUUUAAAUACAAUUACACGGCUAUGCAUUUCCUCCUUGCCUGACUCGUCUUCUCAACAGUAUUAUUUUAAGAAUGUCACAUUUCUCGCCUUGUACAAUCUAAAUUCAAGAUUAGUGGAAUGGGUACUGAAUUGUGUGAAUUGUUCGAAAAUCAGAGAACUUGUUAUUUCGUUCUCCGACAAGGAAACUAAGGCAAUAAACUUGCUUUUACAAUCCACUGUGAACAUUCAGUCAUUAAAAAUCGACUUCGAUCAUUUGAUUCCUGAUCGUGGUGCAUCCAUUCGGCGAAAUAUUCAUCUUAAACGUCUUGAUCUCUCGGAUGGACCACAUGCAUUCCGAAAAAAAGAUAUUGUGACUAUCGCGCAAUAUUUUCCAUUUCUCGAACACUUAGUUAUCAAUACAGUUGAUUUAAACAAUGUUCCUCUACUUGAAGAUCACCUACCCAAACUAUCCACUCUCACCUUUCGACUUCCGGAACGUUAUUUUCAUAUAUUGAAUUAUUUUACAUCACUAGACAGCCAUUUCCCUCCAUUUAUUCUUCAACAAGCCGAGAACUGGAUUAAAAUUUGGCUGGGUGACAUGGCUUUCCAUCAAGUAUUUUGGCAAAGGUUUACCAAGAUUUAA